AUGGGAACUAGACAUGGAUUGUUCAAACAACUUGUGGGUGACCUCUCUUUCCUCGACUCUACACCCUUUGCGAAGCUCUUGGAUUCAUGCAUUCGAACCAAGUCAGCACGCGAUGCACAUCGCAUCCACGCUCGUGUCAUCAAAACCCAAUUUUCCUCAGAGAUUUUUAUCCAGAAUAGGCUUAUUGAUGCUUAUGGAAAAUGUGGUUGUUUGGACGAUGCACGUAAAUUGUUUGAUAAAAUGCCUCAAAGGAACACUUUCACUUGGAACUCUAUCAUAAGUACAUUAACAAAGUUGGGUUUUAUUGAUGAGGCUGUGCAGAUUUUUAGGUUAAUGCCUGAGCCUGACCAGUGCUCGUGGAAUUCGAUGGUAUCAGGGUUUGCCCAGCAUGACCGUUUUGAAGAAGCUUUGGAGUACUUUGUCAAAUUGCAUGUGGAGGAUUUUGUGCUUAAUGAAUACUCGUUCGGUAGUGCUCUUAGUGCUUGUGCAGGUUUGAGAAAGUUGAAAAUGGGUGUCCAAAUUCAUGCUUUUAUUGCUAAGUCAUGUUACUCGUCAGAUGUUUAUAUGGGAUCUGCACUUAUUGAUAUUUUGAUUACUUGUUAUGAGCAGAAUGGUCCAGCACGUGAAGCCCUGGAAGUUUUUGUGAGGAUGAUGGAUGGUGGGUUCAAACCAGAUGAGUUAACUUUAGCCAGUGUGGUAAGUGCAUGUGCAAGCUUGUCUGCAAUAAAGGAAGGUCAGCAAAUAUAUGCUCGUGUCAUAAAAUGUGACAAAUACAGGGAUGAUCUUGUUUUAGGCAAUGCGUUGGUUGAUAUGUAUGCAAAAUGCAAUAGAUUAAAACAAGCCAGAUGGAUUUUUGAUGGGAUGCCUGUUAGAAAUGUUGUCUCCGAAACAUCAAUGGUAAGUGGAUAUGCAAAAGCGGCAAGUGUAAAAGCUGCAAGAUUGAUGUUUGCAAAGAUGAUGGAAAGGAAUAUAGUCUCUUGGAAUGCACUUAUUUCAGGGUACACACAAAAUGGGGAAAAUGAAGAGGCUGUUGGACUCUUUCUCCUCCUGAAGAGGGAGUCUGUUUUGCCAACCCACUAUACAUUUGGGAAUCUACUCAAUGCUUGUGCAAGUCUAGUUGAUCUGCAGCUUGGCAGGCAGGCUCAUGUACACUUACUGAAACACGGAUUUAAGUUCCAGGCUGGGGAAGAGCCUGAUAUUUUUGUGGGAAAUUCUCUAAUAGAUAUGUACAUGAAAUGUGGAUCCAUUGAAGAUGGAUGUCGGGUGUUUAAAAGUAUGUUGCAAAGGGAUUAUGUCUCCUGGAAUGCUAUGAUUGUGGGGUAUGCACAAAAUGGUUAUGGGACUGAAGCUCUCGAAAUAUUUAGAAAAAUGUUGGCAUCUGGGGAGCAACCUGACCAUGUCACUAUGAUUGGUGUUCUAUGCGCUUGUAGCCACGCAGGGUUGGUUGAUGAAGGAAAAGAAUAUUUUUACUCUAUGAGUGAAGAGCAUGGUUUGGUACCAUUGAAGGACCAUUAUACAUGUAUGGUUGAUCUACUUGGUCGAGCUGGUUGCCUUGAUGAAGCCAAACAUUUAAUAGAGGUCAUGCCAAUGCAACCUGAUGCUGUUAUAUGGGGGUCUUUGCUUGCUGCUUGUAAAGUUCAUCGUAACAUUACCUUAGGGAAGUAUGUGGCGGAGAAGCUCUUAGAUAUUGAACCUAGGAACUCUGGACCUUAUGUUCUUCUCUCAAACAUGUACGCCGAGCUUGGAAGAUGGGGUGAUGUUGUAACAGUAAGAAAGCUGAUGAGGCAACGGGGAGUUAUCAAGCAGCCAGGUUGCAGUUGGAUUGAGAUACAGGGUCGUGUGCAUGUUUUCAUGGUGAAAGAUAAAAGCCAUCCUCAAUGCAAGGAAAUACAUUAUCUUUUGAAGUUGCUCAUUGAACAGAUGAAGCAAUCCGGAUAUGUCGAAGAUGCUUGUGAUCACGAGAUUUGUGAAGAACAUGGUGAAACAGAACUAACCUCAUUGUACGACGUUGAUAUGUUGGAAGAUGCAGCUCUCGGGUGA